UUGGCCCGGGCAUCACGAUGGAUCGGGACGAGGGGCUGACGGCCGUGGACAACAUAGUCACUCAGUUCAACACCUAUGAAGAUUUCCUCGACUCGCAGAUCACUACCGUGGACCUGUACUACCUGGAGGAUGAAGGCCUGGCCCGCCAGUUGGUGGAGCUAGGCUACCGAGGGACUGGAGAGGUGGUUAAAAGGGAAGAUUUUGAAGCAAGGAAGGCAGCGCUAGAGAUUGCAAGGCUGGCUGAAAGAACUCAGAAAAAGACGUUAACAAGUGCUGGUAAAGACCUGCAAGAUAAUUUUCUGAAGGCUCUGGCAGUGAGAGAAGAAGACAAUCGCAAUGGAAAAGUGAGCACCGUGAUCUUUAUUCGUGACAGAAAUUCUCAUGGGCAGGAGAUAUCAGGAUACAUUGACUAUGCCCACAGGCUAAAGAUCGAAGAUUUUGAAGUCUACUUUAGUGGAAAAAGAAGACUUCUUCCAAAACCCACAGAUAUGAGCUUUUACAACUGGGACAGUCAUAUUGCUGUUUGGAAUUCAACUCCCAAUUAUCAAGUGAUUGCUGAUAAUCCAGAAGGCUUACUUUUCAAAUACAAAAGAGACAGAAAAAUUCUCAAUGUAGAUCCAAAGGUUUCCCCAGGCGACAACUCUACUAGAACCCCUAUCCAGACAGAACUCUACAUUCAAGCUGUCAUUUUUGACCACAUUUCCAGAAGAAAGACUUAAAUACCAACAUGUUACGUGGUCCCCUAAUGACUUGCUAAAUUUGAAUGAAUUCUAUAACCCGGAGCAACUUAGAAAAUAAAUGAGUCUGUAGA